AUGAAGAAAAGCCCGAUCAGAAAAAAAACGCCUGAUCCUGAGGAUGAAGAGGAGGAGGAUGGAUUUCUCCAGAUAGCACUACAGCAACUGCACGCCAGACUGAUCGCCGCCCAGCCAGAGUUCACAGAGGAAGAUGUGAUCAUCAUGGCAUACCCAUCACCCGGUGGCUCCCCAACACACUCACUCGUCUCCUCACCCCGUGACUGGGAUGCCUUGGAGGAUAGUGAAGAGUCUCCAUGGAUUACAGUAACCAACACAGAGUGUAAGAACAGUAUGAGUGUCUCUAGUACAGGAACUCGCAGUACCACACUGCGUCCUGCAGGAGCAUCCGUUUCCUCUUCACAGGAGGAUGUAGUGAAUCUGGAUGGACAAUUAACAUCCCGACAGUUCCUCACAGUUGUAAGAAAGUUAGAUGCAAAGAUGAUACUUCGAAAUCGAAAGGCAGCGGCAGAUGUGUUAAAACUACUCAAUCAUGCAUACACAUUAACGUGGAGAGACACAAAGUAUCUCAUAAAGGCUACACGCAGAGGUCGUGUUAUCCCAUCUCGGUCAAUAACAUCAUCCUCCUCCUCUUCCUCUUCCACCACCACCACCACCACACGUGAUAUGAACAGACGUGGAAAUAUCAGUAGUAGCACUAAUACCAUCAAUAAUACAACAACAACAACAACAACGAUGCGAAGAAGUUCUUUUCUUAUUUCAACAUUUCCUACACCAACUUAUAAACCGAAAAAAGAGCUCAUUCUAAUUUUGAGUAAAUGUGUAGAGACAUUUUUAGUCUAUGCUAAUGAAUCCCCGUCUUUGCGUACAAUGAUUACAUCAAACAUGUCACUAUUGGGAAUGUUAUGUUUCGUAUGUGGUGAGGCUAGAAAAUUGGAAGUAUUAUCACCUGAUAACGAACUACGUGAUAUUGAAACAGAACUUAGUGAACUUGCAUCAUAUUGGCAAUCUUUUCCAGUUACAAUUCCUUUUCUAGAAUCCUUACAAGAGUGUUACCUCAUAGAAUUCCUCUUAGAUGUAGCCUUACCACCAGCCGUAUGUUCAUCAAAAUAUGAUGGUAUUACUAUGAUGGUUUACCAAAAAAAAGAACGAUUGAUGAUGGAUAUAGUUUCUGGCCGUGCGGGAGUUAGUGCCAUGACGAAAGGGUUAACAUUACGUGGAUUAGCAGCUCUUGUGAGUAUGUCAUCAUUUGCAGAACCAAAAUUACGUGCCCGUGUAUUAGACAAAAUGUCAGGUGAGGGAUUAGUGUUAACACUUCGAGAUGAGUUAUACAGUAUUGCUAAAGAUACGAUUCGGGUAUCUUCAUCUGUGCGUAGUAAUAACCGUGGAUCACCUCCAAAGAAAAAAAAAGAUGCUUCUCCAUCUUCAUUGCGUGUGGGAGUAAAAGGAGGGCGUGAAAAUUCUCCGUUGUCGUCGUCGCCUUCUUCUUCUUCUUCAACCCAAUUGCGAGUUAAACGACUACGUGAAGAAGGGGUGUGGCUUGGUAUGCACGACUCUCCUGCACGUCGAUUAGGUUAUUGUUUAGAUGUGCUUCAAUGGUUAACAGCACCCAACUUAACACAAGAUGUGGGAACGAAUACAAAAGCUGUAGUGCGUGCGACUGCAUGGGCUUCUCAAAAAGAAGAUCUAAGAGAUAUCUGUACAUGCCUUUUACGAUUAUCUUUAAACAACAACUCUGCCGCACAAUAUAGUUAUCCACAUCUUCUUCAGGAACAGGUUUUAGAGUGUGUACUCCAGAUAGCUAGCUAUAGUGCUGUUCUAUACGGUGUCGUAGUGGAUGCUCUUGAUUCUGUCUUUAAUGAAUAUAGGGGGAAGAGAUUGGAUGGUCAAGGUGAUUUUGCGGCAUCUUUACUUCCUCUUAUAGUGGAACUCUUGCGUCUUAAACAGCAUGCAGAAGCAAAUGAAGAAUCUGUUGGUAGAUGGUUCGCGUUUCUUACGGAAUGUUUGGUUCCUCAGGCUUUUGAUGUUCCAGUGUUAGCUUGCGGAGGAGAUAAUAAUAAUAAUAAUAAUAAUAAUAAUAAUAAUAAUAAUAAUAAUAAUAAUAAUACCAACAACAACAACAACGAUAACACAGUUGACAGUACAAGCAAGGACAGCAAUAAUAACAAGAGUAAUAAUAAGAUCAGAGGCAAUAGCAAGAGUCGCUCAUGGUCAAGGGGAGGUAGAAGACGAUCUUCAAUUCCCAGGCGUGAGGCACCUAUUUUGGCACGUGAUUUACGCCGUGAUGAGAUUUUAUCACUUUCUCCAUACUUUCGCUUUGCGUCUCGAGUAAUUUCGGAGACUACAUGGCGUCAAGGCGCAGAACCUUUUUUUGCUCGUAUAGCCCUUUUGGCAUAUCAUGUCCUCUGCACACAGGCACGAAGACCGAAUCUCAUAUUUGGUCAAGCUUCUGCUUGCUAUGAUGCCGUAGCACCAUUAUUGGAAACCCCGCACGGUGUACUUCCUGGUGAGUCUUGUAUGAAUGUUGGUAGAAGUGUUAGUGUGGGUAGUACUCGUACUAGUGUUGGUAUUGGUGUUGGUUCUUCAGCCUCCUUGUGUACUCCAGUGCGGGGUCGCAAUUCGUGUGAGGAGGUGGAGGUGUUUGUGCCGAGUCCGAGUCACUCGCCACUCUUCUUAGAGGCGUACUCGCCACCGGAUGUGAAUAGUAAUUCACCAACGUGCGGCGUUGCAACUUCGUCGUGGCGGCGGCGACUGUCAAUUUCCGCUUUUCUCGCUGCACUUGGGGAGUGUUACUACAACUAG